GAAGUGCACCGUUCUUUGUUGUGCUUAAAAUCAUCUCUAGAUUUAAGCCUACUAUUUGUAUCUGUUCAUAUACAAUAGACAAAUAAUUUGAAAAUUUCAAUUACGAGCCCGAAAAGUUAAUUAUGAGAUGUGUAAGAUUUGAUAGAUCACAUUUAAAUGUGAAGAAAGAAAACCUAUCUAUAACAACGAUCGACAAAGUAAAUCAGAAUGAUAACUCCCUUCAAAGCUGCCAAGAAGAAUUGAUCUCUGACCAGAGCACACCAAUUGCAAAAAAGCAAAGCGCGAAUAUGGAUGGAGAUGAAUCUCCAGAUCUUGAUUAUUCCCCGAGUCCCAUCUUACCUCUGUGUACGCAGGAUUGUGGUAAUGAAGUUGCGUGGGAUUGGCAGAGUUCUUUGAGUAGGACUCCUGAAAGCAAGAGCAAAAAGCAUAAUUCCGAAAAUGCUCAUUGCGAAACUCCUAAAGGAACUAAGCUCUUGCAAAGGAAGAGAAAUUCGAAUUCGCCAUUGUUAUUUAAGCCACUCAAACGAAAAGCCAUCAAGAUGGAACACAUAGAGAAUAUUGGAGAAUUUGCAGCUGAAUUACAGGCAUUAAAUGAAAGGGUAGAAGUUAUAAGGCAGAAUGACAAGAAUCGUUCGAUCGAUUGCGCUAAGGAGGUAAAAACGUUAUCAUUAACGAACACAAAUGACAAGGAGGAAUUAGCAGUUCGAGUUAAUAAGCAAAAUAGCAUUGAGAAGAAUGGUGACAAUAAUGAUGAACAGAAUAAAGUUGAAGAAGCCAAAGAUCAUAACACCAUCAAAAAGGAAAUGAGUGGGAGUUAUGAUGAUCUAUUUGAUGAUUCCGUAGACGAGGAUAUAAUUAGAUGCACUCAAGAAUUGGAGGAGAAAUUUAAUUUGAUUCCAGAUAAAGGGAAUUCCAUGCACUCACAGACAAGUAUUAAAAACGAAGAAUCGUUCUGUACAAAUGAUAUAUCUAAUAAAGAAUCUCUUCAGUUUAAUUCUAGUGAUAAUAACAAAGAAACAUCAGCCAAAAGUACUUUAGGCGCAGGUUAUAGUAAUAUAUUAAAGACAUACUCGAAGUUUCCGCUAAAGCGCGAUGCAAACUCUAGUUUACAUGGCGCAAAUAGCGUCAUACAGAGAAAUACUGAUACACAUAAAUCGUAUAUAAAUAACAACAAUCAUACGAUACAACCUCCUUUUCAGAAGCUGUGUGACAAUAAGAAACUAGUGAAAAGUAAUACCAUAGAUCUAUUUGAUUUUCCAGACGAUUCUUUUGAUGAUUGGCUGGCGGCCUGUGUUGAGGAUGAAAAAUUAUUAUCGAAUUCUAACGGGCCCCGUAAAAAGGACGAUAUGAAAUUUCACGACAAUUAUAAACGUUUGACUUACGCGCCAUUAAAGUCAGAAUCUAAAUCCGCUGACUCGUUUAAGCACACGGCGAAGCCUCAGACAUCUAACACUAGCUUUUUAGAGAAUAGAAAGUUCUUUAAAACUAAAAGCUUAUCGGAUCAGUACGUUAAUCGAGAUGCAAUUAUAAAUAAAAGUACAAUAAAUGGCUCGUAUCACGCGACGAAAUCUACAUUGUCACAUCUAAAUUCGUCCAGAAGCUCGAUACCACAUACAAGCGUCGCACGUGCUUCCGUAAGUACAAGGCCGAUUAUUACAUAUGAUCGUAAAAUCGAGAAUACUGCAAUUUCGUUAAUGCGCGGAACGGACCGAACACGUGGGUGCGAUGUUAACAGGUGCGCUGUAAAAGGCGAUGGUGAUCGCUUCGUUAAGCACCAUUCUACUGGUAAUAUGAAAAGCGACGUACAAGAAACAAAAACAAAAGCUGGUUCGCAGCCAACAUGGUGUACCGCGGAAGAGAUCGAAAGAAAGAGAUUGCAGGCUCUAGCGAGGCUCCAGGCGAGAAAAAAAUUCUACUCCACAAAAAUUACAAACAAUAUUAAUAGGUGAAACCACAAAAGUGUCUUAUGUACUUCUACUUAUUAUGAGAAAGCAAUGACUUUCUUAAGUACGAUGCUGCAUCGUUCUUAAUCGACAAAACUGUAUCUCUGUGAUCAUUGUUAUCAUUGUCUUCAUUGUAAUCUUUGUUAUAUUGUAUGAGAACGUUUUAAAAAGUUAUGUAAAUAUAUAAUUAUAUAAUUGAAUAUGCGAAUAUAAUUA